GGCCUUCCGGAGUUUUGUUUUCUAACCAGGAAGUGCUCACAGGGUAUUCUAGAACUCCUAGUUUUGGAGGAGCAACCAGACACAGAGGUGGGGGAAAAGCUGGUGGAGUGGGGGGGAGACUCCCACCUUGCACCUGGGGCAGAAAGACAGACCAGCACUGAGGUCCCCAGGUGAUAGCUUGGAUCUUCAGACUGUCAGAAAGGAUUUAGGAGGGAGAGGGAAGAAAAAAACAAACAAACCAGGAUUCAUCAGAGAUUGCAUCUAAAAUGAGUUUAGACUCCUUAUUCCAGCACAUCAUCUUUACUGAACAUCAGGCAGAAGAAAGUCGUCGUUUGAGCCAUGAAGUGCGGGUAGAAAUAAGCAGGUGUCGUGAAAAAAUUCAGAAAAUAACAGAAGAACUGAAAGGAGAGAAAAUGAAGUCAGAAUGCAAGUCUCAUCAGUUUUCUGAAAAAGCCUUCCUCCUUGAGCUUUUGAAGACACAUGAAAAUGGCUUAGAAAAACAGCAUGCAGAAAUUAAAAAUGAAAGGACCAGACUUCUUCAAACCUUUGAGACCAUGAAGAAAAAAAUAAAAGAAGAGGAAGAAAGAUUUACUAAGGAGAUUACAGACUUCAAUAAUGAAUAUGGAUUAAUAAAUAAAAGAGAACUUUUGAUCAAAGAAAAAGUCAAGCUUGAAAUAUCUGAUUUAGAGAAACAGGAAAAUAUUUUGAAAAGUGAAAUGAAGACAAUGGAACAUAAGGAUGUUCAGUUAAAUGAACUUCAGCAUCAAAAGAAUGAAUUGAUACAGGAAUUAUUUACUCUUCAGGAAAAACUUAAAGUUAUUGAAAAUAAUAUAAACGAAGCCAGGCAUACCACUAAACUUUUAGAGGAAGAAAAAGUCAGAAUCAGCGAAAAACCCCAGAAUGAUCCUGAAUGUAAAAGACUUAAAAAAGAAUUAGAACUUUAUAAGGAAGAAGACAUAGAAAGUGUGUAUGAAGCUCUCCGAUCAGAAAUAGAAUUUUUGAAAUUGACGCUGUCACAGAAAAGUCUUCAAGCAAAAUAAUAGUUUAUGAUCAAGUGAUAAACAUUCCUAAAUUAAAUACUUUUAAUGCCAAUAUAGAUGAUACCUGUCAGAGCUGAUUCUUCUUGAAAAAUAUUGAUCUCUAUUACUGGUGAUACUAAGAGCUGUUUUCUUGACAAUUUAAAAUAAAAGGCAUUUAUUUGUAGUUAUUUAUGACGAAUUUAUUAGCGAGGUUUAUUUGAGGUAGACAUGGCACCCAUAGGCCCUUCUCAGCCAACUGUUGGUCUGUCCUUUCUACACUCUCUAUAGCAUAUGUAGAUGAGCACUUUCCAUUCUUUACCACAACUGAUCUUGGAGUUUUUCAGAAACAUAUAUAGGAAGAAACACUUUGAUUAUUGACCUAAUUUUUCCGCUGCCAUUUUCAUACAAGUUGCUCACUUUCAUUUCAAUCUUUCUCUAAUAAAGAUGUCUAUUGAGAGAGUGCCUCUGAGGCCGCUGAACUUCAAAAGCCAAUUUUCUUCCCCUUCCUAUAACAAUGAGUGAAGGCUUCAUGCCUAAAGCAGUGUUCCAUCUAAUAUUUUUUGACUGGCAUAUAUUUUUUUACUUAUUUCUAAUCCUAUGGACUAGAAAGGGAAAUUGUUUACUUGGGGAAGAUGUGUAAACUCAAGGAUUCAUAUACUAUGAUGACUUAAUACAUUUCAAAAGCGAGCCGUUUACACAAUGAAUUUUCAUUUGGCAGAGUCAGCAUUGUCCAUCAAUUCACUUUAGCUGUGAGUGAAAUUUUGGUUUCUGUUUUUACCAAUAUUAUAUUUGGUUAGGUAAUACAUUUCUAUAAAGGAAGAUUAUUCAUUGAUUUCUGAAAAUGGACAGAAGUAUCAAAUAUCCUGCCAGAAAACCAAUUUGGAUGAACACAUAAUUUACUUUUGGAAAUGAUUGCAUUCAGGAUUCUAUUUUCAAGUCAUGUUUUGCUUUCUCGUCAAA